AGUAAGAACACCCAUAAAAUCAUUACAUACUGAUUCCAAAAUCAAAUGGAAUUUCACAAUCCAUUAUUUGUUGCAUUCUUGCUAUUAAUCCUAAUAACCACCAAAGUUUUUGCCAAUUGCACUUGUGAACCACAAGAAAUCGCCGGCGAUAAUAACAAGGCUCUCAAGUACAAAUUGAUUGCACUUGCUUCAAUUCUCAUUGCCGGCGGCAUCGGCGUCUCUCUGCCUUUCGCCGGAAAGAUUUUUCCGGCCUUACGCCCUGAGAAGGACGGUUUCUUUGUGGUAAAAGCAUUCGCCGCCGGCGUGAUAUUGGCUACCGGUUUUAUUCAUAUACUUCCUCAAGCAUUCGAGAGUUUGACGUCGCCGUGUUUGAAAGAAGAGCAGUGGGCAAAAUUUCCUUUCACGGGGUUUGUAGCGAUGGUGGCCACCAUUGCAACGCUGUCGUUUGAGACUUUGUCGGCGGCGUACCAACUUAGGGAUCAGACGGCUGCGGCGGCGAAAGUGGUUGGAGAUGUUGAAGGUGAAGAAAUGGAUUGUGGGCUUGUGGAUGCUCACAUUCUUGUGGAUGAUUCGGGUUUGUCGGAAGUUCAUCGUUAUCGGAUUGUCUCACAGGUAAAUUAUUAA